CCCUAGCCGCCGCCGCCGCCGCCGUUGCCAGAAAUGGCCGGCCUCCUGCGGCUCGCCGCGGCCCGAUCCGCGUCGCGGCUCGCCCCCGGCCGCGGCCCACACCGGAGGCUAGCGGCGGCAGCGAUGGAGGAGUGCUGGUCGGACUGGGAGGACGAGGACGAGGAGGAGGCGGCCCGCCGCGCGCGCGCCUCGGCGCCGGCGCCGGGGCUCGACCCCGCCGGUGGCGGGCCAGGGGGCGUGCAGUGGGUCGUCAUGGGCCGCCCGGGCCCGCAGAAGCACGCCCACGCCGCGCGCCUCGCCGAGGUGCUCGCCGUGCCUUACAUCUCCAUGGGCACGCUCGUCAGGCAGGAGCUCAGCCCCGCCUCGCACCUCUACAGGAAGAUUGCAAACUCGGUAAAUGAGGGGAGGCUUGUUCCGGAGGACAUCAUAUUUGGGUUGCUGACGAAGCGGCUUGAGGACGGAUACAACAAGGGUGAAACUGGGUUCAUUCUUGAUGGGAUUCCACGCACCCGUAUGCAAGCUGAGAUUCUUGAUGAGAUUGUGGAUGUUGAUUUGGUUCUGAAUUUUAAGUGUGCUGAUGACUGUUUCAUGAAGAAGCGAUCAAGGGGCGAUAUCUGCUCCCACUGUGGACAGCUCUUUGAUGUCAGCAAUUCAGCAUCUAUGAACUGCAGCCCCAGCCUUGGGAGUUAUACAUGGCAUUCUCAGGUAGAACCUGCUGGUGUUGUAGGCCUGGAAGCCUCAAGGAUGGAGAGGAUGCGCACUUAUGCUAAGCAGACCAAGCAGCUGGAAGAUUACUACAAGAAGCAGAGGAAAAUUGUGGAACUGAAGACAUCUGCUCGCCCUGGGGAAACAUGGCAGGGGCUCGUAGCCGCCUUGCACCUCCAGCAUCUGGACUCACCCCCAACACCGCACAAACUCACCGCGUAAAUAUUAUUAAUUAUGUUAUGUCUGAGAAGAGUCUAAAAGGAUCUGAAUUCAGAUCCUGCCUGCAGCAUAUCUAAUAUCCCUAUGUUUGUGGGUUCUGGCUUGAGAGAGUCAGUCGGCUAUGUCUUUUUUUUUGUUAUUGUUAUAGAUAAAGAUAAGCGAUUUUGCAGACGCGCUUAUUAUAUGGUUGUAACCGAGAGUUUUGGACUUGCCUUUGCUGCAAGUGUACUCGCUUAUAUGCUCCCUUAGCUUGCUCCGUUGUGGUAUCCGGUGUGGCGUUGUCCACAUCAUUUCACCAGAUGUUUUGUUUUGGGCAUGACGCUGGUAUUCAUGUCCUUUUUGGAAUCCUGAAGACAGGAUAUGUGAUGGUAAAUUUCAGAAGCAUGUGUUGGAGCUAGACUGGUUUUCGUGAGCUCUAGUCACCCAUAUGGAGCAUGUAUUGAAUAUCUUCUGAUUGAUGUAAAAUUUUUACACUAUAUCUGUGAAAUCUUGCAUUUUAUACAGGCAAUUUUUUUA